AUGAUUAUUGGAUUGUUUCUGUGCAUUCUGGCGGCCACUGCCAAUGCUGGACCAAUUCUCUCGGACGGAUCUAGCCAGAAGAUUAUCGGCGAUACUCACCAUCUAAAUGAGGAACAUCAUCCCGAACAGAUCUUCUUACACUCUAGUAAUUCCACGACAAUCAAUUUCGAUGAUAUUAUUGCCACCAACGGGGUUGCCAAAAUCCACUCUCCGUAUCACAAUCUCGAGUUCUCCGCCUUCUCUAUUAUUGCGCCUAAUCAUCCAGCGCUCAGGGGCAGAAUCUCGGAGAAUGACCGGAACUCAGCCGUGUCGGCUCCCAAUGCAUUGAUAGGCUCCCGCUAUCAUGAGUCCAAUAGGUCGGACGAUUCUCCCGCAUCUUUCGGAAUGCAAUCGAAAUCGAAGUCCGAUUCAGGGCUCUUGCCGUAUUUUGACCUUUUAACCUUCUGGAUCAAACCUUUAGAUGCUCCGCCUCCUGGAACCACCAUCCAUGUCCGCGGUCACAGGUAUGAUUAUGAUGCAGAGAAAAAGCCACUCGAAUGGCAUGUUGAUUUCAUUGUUGGGUAUCACGAACCCUUUCUUGUAAAGAUUGAGGAGUUCUCAGGAAAGAAAUGGGACAAGCUAAAGAAGGUCGAAAUGUGGGCAAACUUUGGACUGGCUAAACUCGACUGGGAAUUCUGUGUUGAUGACCUCGAGGUCCAAUUCUACAGAGACGAAGCUGCCGAGCUUUGA